AUCCUUACACCCAUUCCGAUUCCUCUCUCUCUCUCCUCUUUCUUUCUCUCUCUAGAAACUCUAUACCGUGACUCUCUUCAGUCUCCAGUUCUUCACCUUCAUCGUCAUCAUCUUCUUCAACCUUCCAAAAUAUCCACCAAUGGCAGUCAGUUAGUUACAAUUCAGUUACAACUAAACAAUGACAAAACUUGUAAUCUCCAUCUUCAGUUUCAUCGCCCUCUUCAGUGUUGUUACUGCCACCGCCGUCACUCAAUUCGACUUCAGCACCCUGACAUUAAGCAAUCUGAAGCUCCUCGGCGACGCCCAUCUCAACAACGGGAGCGUGCGUCUAACGCGCGACCUCCCGGUCCCGAACUCCGGCUCCGGCAGAGCCCUCUACACCAAACCGAUAAGGUUCCGAUCCCCCGGGACCAACUAUCCGGCGACGUUCUCCACAUUCUUCUCGUUCUCCGUCACCAACCUCAACCCCUCCUCCAUCGGCGGCGGCCUCGCCUUCCUCCUCUCCCCCGAUUUCGACUCGCUCGGCUCCGCCGGCGGCUUCCUCGGCCUCUCCGACUCCGCCGCCGCCGGGUUCUUCGCCGUCGAGUUCGACACCCUCAUGGACGUCGAGUUCAGCGACAUUAAUGGAAACCACGUCGGUUUGGAUCUCAACAGCGUUGUCUCCUCCGAGGUAGGCAAUUUGGCGGAUGUCGGAGUCGAACUCAAGAGCGGCGACUUGGUCAACGCCUGGAUCGAGUACGACGGGUCGACCCGGAUCUUCAACGUCUCUGUCUCGUACUCCAAUCUGAAACCUGAAAACCCGAUUCUCUCCCUCCCUCUCGAUCUCGACAAGUACGUCAACGACUUCAUGUACGUCGGGUUCUCCGGGUCGACCCAGGGAAGCACCGAGAUUCACAGCGUAGAAUGGUGGAGUUUCACUUCGUCUUUUGACUCAGCAAUUUCUCCGAAUUCUGGUUCGUCGCCGCCACCACCGCCGCCGACGGUUGUUUUUAUGAACCCGGCGGCGAACUCGGCCAAUUCGGCGAAAUCGCCGCCUCCGUCUUUGCCUCCGACGGGGUCUAAUUCGGCGUCGUCGACAUCACAGAAAGAGAGUAAAUCGUCCUCCUGCCAUAACCAGCUCUGCAAGCAAGGUCCCGGGGCCGUCGCCGGAGUUGUCACCGCCAGUGCGUUUGUUUUCGCCCUCUUCGCCGGCGGUCUAAUUUGGUUCUACUCGAAAAAGACGAAAAGAGUGAACGCCAACAAGUCGGAUUCUUUCGCGUCGGAGAUCAUCAAAAUGCCGAGAGAAUUCACUUACAAGCAGCUCAAGCAAGCCACCAAAUGCUUCAACGCUAAUAGAGUGAUUGGCCAUGGCGCUUUCGGAACGGUUUACAAGGGAAUUUUGCCGGAAACCGGCGACAUUAUCGCAGUGAAGAGGUGCAGCCAUAGCAGCCAAGGGAAGGAUGAGUUCUUAUCGGAGUUGUCGAUAAUUGGAACUCUCCGGCACCGGAACCUCGUCCGCCUACAAGGCUGGUGCCACGAGAAGGGGGAAAUUCUACUAGUGUAUGACUUGAUGCCCAAUGGCAGCCUCGACAAGGCGCUUUUCGAGGCGAGAACGCCGCUGCCGUGGCCUCAUCGGAGGAAGAUUCUGUUGGGAGUGGCCUCGGCAUUGGCCUAUUUGCAUCAAGAAUGCGAAAAUCAGGUUAUUCAUAGGGAUGUUAAGACCAGUAACAUUAUGUUGGAUGAAGGGUUCAAUGCCCGAUUGGGCGAUUUCGGAUUGGCACGACAAGUCGAGCACGAUAAGUCGCCCGACGCCACCGUGGCGGCGGGGACAAUGGGGUACUUGGCGCCGGAGUAUCUUCUAACAGGAAGGGCCACGGAGAAGAGUGAUGUGUUUAGUUAUGGGGCAGUGGUUUUGGAAGUGGCUAGCGGGAGGAGACCUAUUGAGAGGGAUGCCAAUAACAAUAAUGUCAAGUUUGGGGGAUCGUGUAGCAAUUUGGUGGAGUGGGUUUGGGGGUUACACCGCGAAGGGCGGUUGUUGGCGGCGGCGGACGCCAUGCUCGGCGGCGAAUUUGAGGAGAGCGAGAUGCGGCUGGUUUUGCUAGUCGGGCUCGCCUGCUCGCAUCCCGAUCCGUCGGCCCGACCCACAAUGAGAGGCGUAAUUCAGAUGCUCAUUGGUGAGGCUGAGGUUCCUAUUGUGCCCAGAGCCAAGCCUUCCACUACUUUUAGUACUUCGGACCUCUUGAUGACCUUGCAAGACAGCGUUUCUGAUUGUAACGCUGCGAUCAUCACAAUUUCCACUUCUUCGUCGGAAAAGAGCUUUGACGGUGGGGACAUAGUCUAGUUUAAAGCACACGGCCUUCAAUAAUCUUUAUUUGUUAUUUUGUUAUUAGUAACUCGUAUAGUUUUUUGUUUUAUUUAUAUUUAUACUUAUUUGUUUUCUACGUACAAACACAAUAAUUGAGUCAUUGACAUGAAAUAUGAGGAUUAGAGCCGAGGGGCUAAUUCUUUUACUCUUUUUUUUUUGGUCAUGUUCAUAUGCUUGUUGUCAAUUGUACAUUUGAGAGUGGAUCGUCAAAGUGGUGGGAAGGGAAAAGAAAGUGGAAAAAAAAAAAAAAAAAAAGUGGGAUCACAUUUUCUAGAAGUGGGAUUGGAUGGAUUCCUUGUUUUGUGUGGUGGGCGGUUGCUUUCACAAGUAAUCUCAAUUUUGUCAAAAGCAUACAUUUUGAGUAGAGAAUUGGUAAAGUGGCACAAAAGGAGUGCGUAUUUAUUAUUGGACCUUUUUGGAAACCUCUUUCUUUAUGAUCAGAUGUUAGA